AAAAAGAAUUAAACAAAUACAAAAUGAGCAAAUUCGCCUGGGUUACCUUGACGACAAAUGAUAACUACUCGCUGGGCGCCCUGGUGCUGGCACAUUCGCUGAAGCGUGCCGGCACCGCUCACCAGCUGGCUGUGCUGGUGACGCCCACCGUAUCGGAGGCGAUGCGCGACAGACUGAAGGACGUGUACAAUGUUGUACAAGAGGUGAAUGUCCUUGACUCACAGGAUGCUGCCAAUUUGGCACUUCUCGCCCGCCCCGAACUGGGCGUCACCUUCACAAAGCUCCACUGCUGGCGUCUGGUGCAGUUCGAGAAGUGCGUGUUCCUCGACGCAGAUACGCUGGUGCUGCAGAACUGCGAUGAACUGUUUGAGCGCGACGAGCUCUCCGCUGCUCCAGAUGUCAGCUGGCCAGACUGCUUCAACUCGGGCGUCUUUGUGUUCAAACCCAGCGUGGACACCUUCAGCAAGAUCACAGAGUUUGCAGUGCAGAAUGGCAGCUUCGAUGGCGGCGAUCAGGGUCUGUUGAAUCAGUUCUUUGGCGAUUGGGCGACCGCAGAUAUUAAGAAGCAUUUGCCAUUUGUCUACAAUGUUACGGCCUAUGCUUCCUAUUGCUAUUUGCCCGCAUUCAAACAGUUCAGAGAUAAGAUUAAGAUUUUGCAUUUUGCUGGCAAAUUGAAGCCAUGGCUCAUACAGUUCAACUCUGAGACAAAGAGCGUUGCCACGCCCAGCGAAUACGCCCAUGCGCAAGACCUUAUCCAACACUGGUGGACCAUCUUCUGUGAUAAUGUGCAUCAGUCUCUGAGCGACAAUAUGUGUCUUUGCUUGAACAUAACGCACUCGUCGAGCUAUGCUGAGUACGCUUACGAUAUGGACAGCUACUAUCAUGAGCAACAGCAACAACAACAACAGCCAGAGCCAUAUGUGCCGCAUGUCCGUGAAUAUCGUGAUCCCUGGGCAGAUUACUAUGAGCAAGUGGAGCGACAACAAAGUGAACUCGAACCACAAGCCGAACCCGAACCCGAACAGCAGUUCUGGCAUCAUGAUAGUGACGAGAGAAGAGGAAGUUGGAACCAGUGUCAGAGCGAUGCAUGUCUCAGACCCACAUCACCAUCACCUCAAGCACCACCACCACCAACACCGCCACCGCCACCGCCACCAACCACUGCCAAUGAAGAGUCCAUAGCAAUAGAUGUAAAUAAUAGCAAUGAGCAAGCACAAGAACCCACCCACGAACCACACACGAACCACCACCCAACGACACAAACCACCUCAAGUCACAAUACACAAACUGAAGAAGUCGAAGCCGUCGAAGCUGAGGCUGGCCUCGCUGGCGCCUUGUCGCAGCUGCGCAUCGGCGUGCAGCGCACACCCGAACAGGAGCAAUACGAGAAUCUGAUGCGUCGCCAGUGCUGGGAGUCGGGACAGAUUGAUUAUACGGGCGCCGAUGCGUUCGACAACAUCUGGAAGAAGAUAACGCAGACGCUGGAGUCCAAGCCGGAGAAGGAGGCGGAAACUGAUAACGAUAACGAUAACGAUAAUGAUAACGAUAACACGCUAGGCUUUAAUCAAUUGCUAACUGAAACUGCAAAUAAACUGCUGCAGCAGAGGCCAACCAACGAAGCCCAUAUCAAGGCCAACAUUGAACCCAGCCUCAGCCUCAAUCUCAGUCCCAGCUCCAGCUCUGGCUUAAGCUUGCCAACUAAUCAGGGCUCAAAUGUGACAGAGGUCAAAGCCGGCCCCGCAGCCGUCACAACUAACAAACUUCCAACUAACGCACAGAAACCCGUCGUCGCCGCCGCCGCCGCCAACAACAGCAGCAAAGCCACUGUGGAACAGCAAUCAGCCAGAGCAACCGCAACAACAGCUUCGACAGCGAAACCACAACGUGUCCAGGCAGUCGGGCAGGCAGCACAGGCGACGGCAGCAACGCAACCGGCGCAGCAACAUAUCCUGCAACAGAAUGCGGCACCCACCAAGCCGAGCAGGCAGAAGGCGUCGCGUAAGUUUAAAUAACAAUUACUGCAACUGCUGAUGCACUACAGCUGCCUGCCGCAACUGGCGACCAGGGCGGCGCUGCUUCGAUGUACCCUGCGACUGGAUGGCGACAACGAAUCUGAAUAUCUGCCGGAGCCGGUGCAUGUCUAGGCCCCGCAAGUACAAGUACAGUAGAACCUAAACAACAGUAACAAAUGUAAACAAAACCGAAACCAAGUACAAAACGCUGUAAAAAUGUUGCUUAAACGAAUUUAAAAACAAAACAAAACAAAACAACAAUAAUUUACCAAAUGCGCCUUAGAUGAAACUAAUUUGCAAUAUCUUAGCAUAGGAAACCUUUUAUAUACAUAUUUAUAUAUCUUAUAUAUAACAUGCCACAAGUGCUUGCCACAAACACACACACACACACAGAGUCAUACAGAGAUCGUUAGCUGCGCUACACAAUACAAUUUAUAUCUAUUCGAA